UGCUCGACAAGGCCACACAAUCUCACGGUCUGAAUCACGAGAUCUGGCGUUCUUCAGCUGGUCGUCGUACGAUUGACGACCGCCUGGAGAAAGCAUGUUCGUGCGAGGAAAUGCCAGGUAUCGAAAUUAGGAAAGCUCGACGCUCAGCUGCAGAGAAUGGAAGCGAUAAUGCUGUAUUUGCAUACCUGCGUUAGUGCACGGGUGCAACGAGACUUCAGCGAGGCAAAUCUUCUGUUCCUCAAUUGACGUCGACAAACGUUAUGCCACUAGACGACCACCGUGAACCCCAAAAGCAGCGAUGUCGACGGAUCAUACUAAAGAGAACAUCGUGGAUGAUCCCAUGACGAAAGGGCUAAGUGCGCGAAGAAACUUGAAUAGUGCCAAUGACUGGAAGCACUACAGUGCGAUAAGUUUACUCUCCCGUUCUUGAAUGUCUUGGUGGCGGAGAUUUGGCGCUGUGGACUAGACCAUGAAAACCGAAUUUGAUUGGGCCAAGGAGAGAUCUCAAGACUUCGGGCAUAGUAGGUAUCCCCGGGAGACUGCGGUGACGAUCCCCUUCGAGGACGAUGGCAUACAUCAGGUCGAAGGGCGACGGUGCUCUAAUGCCACAGCUGUGGGGAAUUGGAUGAGUGGGGUAUGGGGCCAAGAAGAGCAGCUGUGCCUCGACAAGAUAUUAACUUAACGUUCAUCUCAGUUCGGCGUCAAAGCGUCAAGGCUGGCAAGCGGAACUGAACAAGACUUUCGUAGAGCAGAGAAUGCCCGGUGGAGGAGCGUAGACACUCGGAAUACCUACACCUCCGAAUGAAGCUCCUUUCCGUGAACAGCCGUAGGAUAUCAAUAAAUACGCAGGACGCAACAGGCCACUGCGGGAUUUCAGAGCGUAUACUCUGGAGGAGGCCAUGCUCGGGGAAGAUACCUGCUUUAGGUCGAAAUGGUCGCAGUGCAAUGGUGCAGGAUGGAGUAUGCGUGGUUUCAUCGCCUUAGUAAUCUAGAGAAAGAACAUGGAUACGAAUAGGCUGGGCAGAGGGUCCAGAAGCAACGAAAUCUCAAGCAUAAUGAACCUAACAAAAGGCAGAAAACGAGCGAGUG